CAUCCUCAUGCAUUCCUUCUCGAUCUUCUUCGCCGCCCCCGCUUGAUUUGGAUCUUUUUUCUAAACACAUGGGAAAUUCGACCUAGAAUCCUCGAUUCCACCAUAUGUUUGAUUGGUUAUUGUUUUCUGAUAUUGUCAAUAUGAUUUAUAUUAGUGUGAACUUUAAGGAGAAGGGGAUCUGCGAAUUGGUCGCUGAGAUCCCUAAGUUGAGGUUUCAUGUGCUAGUUGUUUUCGUGUUCGCCGAGAUCCGGCGCCUACUUUUAUAGGAAAAAUGUGAUACGAGGAAAACGUAUAGUCAAUUGACGUUGUACGAUUUGGAGUUGACAAUCGCAUGAUCUACUGAUGUUAUGUUGGCGAUUUUGUUGGUUCUACUAAAAUAACCGAGUUAAGGAAAAGAAGAAUUGGUUUAGCAUCUCCUAUGAGAGUAUCAAAAUGAUCUUACAUCUCCUAUACAACCUGCUUGCAGAUGGCAGACAUCUUCUCGAUAGUGAACAGUCAGUCGAUAUGGUUGCUGGCGGUGCGCCACCCAGAGGAAGUGCAGCAGCAGCUGCUAACAUGCGCAGGCGGAGGGCAGUAGGUGGUGGUGCGGCAGCAGCGGGUGGAGGUGCCAGUACCAUGCUCCAGUUCUACACUGAUGUUGCCACAGGGGCCAAGAUGUCUCCCAAUACUGUUCUCUUCAUGAGUAUCGGAUUUAGUGCUGUGGUUGCUCUUCUGCAUGUCGUUGGUAAGCUCUAUUUUGUUCCUCGCUAGAGCUUCAGGCGUGCAGCGACUCUAAUCUCAGUAAAAGUGUACUUUUUCCAAGCAAGCACCUUGUGAAUGUACCCCUGUUAGAUCAUUUAUCAGAUGUAGACAUGAUUCAUUUUAGCAGUUUAGUUUAGGAUUAGCAGCUAUUAGCAUUAUGAGAAUUCUAGAAUGUAUGUAGUUCUACAUGUAUGUUAGUUUUAAGAGAGAUCCAACCUGCAGCUCAGUGUUUAAUUUGUAACAGAUAAAAUGAUUGAACUGCAUUAUGCCUGAAUUAAAAUGCAUAUUUGAUCGCAUUGGGUUCAA